ACCCUGCGGUGAUUUCCCCCCAGGACCCCACCUUGCUGAUCGGCUCCUCGCUGGUCGCCACGUGCACGCUCAGCCCGGACCUUCCGCUCAAAGCCGAGGACCUGUACUGGACGUUGAACGGGCGACGCCUCCCAACCACCUCCUACACCACCCUGGGCCCCUCCACGCUCAGCGUGGCCCUCGCCCACCUCAACGGCUCCAGGCAGCAGUCAGGGGACAACCUGGUGUGUCACAGCAGAGACGGCAGCAUCUUGGCCGGCUCCUGCCUUUACGGUGGACUACCCCCAGAAAAACCAGUCAACAUCACUUGCUGGUCCAAAAACAUGAAGGAUCUGACCUGCAAGUGGGCACCAGGGGCAGAAGGGGAGACCUUCUUGGACACCAACUACACCCUUAAGUACAAGCUCAGGUGGUAUGGCCAGGACCACACCUGCCAGGAGUACCACACAGCUGGGCCCUACUCCUGCCACAUCCCCAAGGACUUGGCUCUCUUCACUCCCUACGAGAUCUGGGUCGAGGCAUCCAACCGACUGGGGGUGGCUGUCUCUGACGUGGUCAUGUUGGACAUCCUCGACGUGGUCACCACGGACCCACCGCUGGACGUGCACGUUAGCCGAGUGGGCGACCUGGAGGACCAGCUGAGCGUUCGCUGGAGCUCCCCACCAGCCCUCAAGGAUUUCUUCUUCCAAGCCAAGUACCAGAUCCAAUACCGGGUGGAGGACAGCUCGGAGUGGAAGGUGGUGGAUGAUGUUGGCAACCAGACAUCCUGCCGACUCGCCGGGCUGCGUCCCGGCACCGUCUACUUCGUCCAGGUGCGCUGUAAUCCCUUCAGCACCUACGGCUCCAAAAAAGCAGGAAUCUGGAGCGACUGGAGCAAUCCCACCGCAGCCUCCACCCCCCGCAGCGAUCGAGCAGCAGGGGGCUGUGACCCCAAAGGAGGGGAGCAAAACACGACACUGCGCCGAGAGCUGAAGCAGUUUUUC